CAAACAUAUUGAAAUUAGGAUGUCAGAGAAGAAUUAUGUUUCUCUCUUUGUGUCUUCAGUUGUUGUUUUAGGGUUGUUAAUGACAACAUUGAAAGCAAACCAAAUUGAUGACAUCUCAUGCGUUACAGCUAUAUGGUACGUGAUGCCAUGUGUUCCUUAUUUGAAGGAUUCUGCACCAGGAACACCAUCUAGUAGUUGUUGUGCAGGAGUAAAUAAUCUAUUACAAAAGGCUGAUACAACUCAAGUUCGAAGAAAUGUAUGUCAAUGUCUCAAAGAUGCUUCAUCAAAAUUUGGAGCUGAUUCUCAGAAAUCUAAACAACUCCCACAGCUUUGUAACAUUACUGUGUCAUUUCCCUUUGAUCCUAAAGUUGAUUGCAACUCGAUUCCAUGAAUCUACAAAUGGGUCAGAAGUCAGAUCAUGAAGAAAACUCGAUCAACUACAUAGAAGAUUACAUUAAUAAGCAAUGUGAAAUAUUGUAACAACUUCAUAAAGUUGAAUAUGUUUCCUAAUUAUAAGAAAAAUAGAAUAAUAUAUCUUUAUUGUC